AUGACUUCCGCUGCUGAAAAUACGGUUGUUAAAACAUAUUACUCGGAUAGAGCUUUUCCUUUACUUCCUAACGAGGUUACUUUACUUAUUUUUUCAUACUUAACACAGCAAACACGUUUAAAAUUAUGUAGAGUAUCCAAAGCUUUUAAAGCCUUAGCAUAUACACCAUUAUUAUGGAAUGAAACAAUUAUUUAUAAUACAAAUGGCCUUGAACUUGAUAGUACUUUGAAGCGAUUAAAGAAUAUACAAGCAUUAGAUGCCAGGGCUACUAAAAUUACCGAUGAAUUCGCUAAGAAAUUGUUAGUUAGUUCGGCCAGACAUGCUCUUAAAAUUUUAGAUCUUUCAGUUACAGGUAUAACAAAUAUAUCGUUAAUGUCUAUUGGGUUUAAUUGUACAUCUCUUGAGAAACUGUUUUUAGAAGGAUGUAAAGAAAUAUCAAAUAUAACUUCGUUAGCAAACUUAUCUUCAACAUGUAACUUAACGACAUUAGUAUUAUCACAUUGCGAAUCAAUAGAUGAUGAUACCAUUUUUUCAUUUCUCACUGUAACUAAUACUACUAUUUUAAAAACACUAAUUAAAUUAGAUAUUGAUGGAUGUUAUAAAAUAACGGAUGAUGGAAUUAAUUUAAUUGCUACUAGGUUAAUUAAGUUGAAAUAUUUAGUUAUUGAUGGGCAAGAAAUAAGUGAUUACUCGAUUAUAUCAGUACUAUGUAAUUGUAAAGAACUAGAAUUAUUGGCCAUAUCUUUCAGUGAAUCUUUGACUGACAUGGUAUUAGAAGAAUUAAUUCUUAAUUUACAACCAAGUUUUAAAUUUCUUAAAUUAAGAAAAGGGACAUCAUUUUCUGAAGAAGGAUUUCGUAAUUUUUUUGAAGCAUUGAAAAGAAGAGAACAUUCAUUUUAUUCGUUGGAUCUUUCAGAAUGUACGAAUAUAACAAAUUCAAAUUUAUUUUAUUUUCACCAACCACAACUGAGGUGGUUAAACUUGGAUUGGUGUUGGGGGAUAAAAGAUUCAUCAUUAAUGUAUUUAAUAAUGGGUUGUCCAAAUAUACAAGAAAUUAUGAUGACAGGUUGUAAUUAUAUAACAUGUGAAUCAUUAUUUUAUAAAAUAGAACAACUUGAUUUAUCUUCAUUAGUUACAUUAAAUUUUUGCUCUUGUAAGUUGAUUGAACCUGAACUUAUUAUAAAGUUGGGCAAAUUGUAUCCAAAAUUAUACAUUAUAGAUUAUUACGGUGAAGUUUAUAAACAAGGUAAAAAGGUUGGUUUUAAAGACGAAGUAUAUGUUGAAGAUGAAAUUUGUGAAUUGGAAGUUGGUGGUAGAGAAAAAAGAUGGGGCAAAUUAAAUGUUGGAGAUUUUAAAAGAUUUUACAGAUUUUAUUCCGUAUAA